GUAUCAAUAUUAUCGACGCGGCCCAUACAGGACAUAGGUGCGAUGGAUGGCUCAAACGACCUACUCAAGAAACGAGAACGAUUUCGCGAACAAAUCCGCACGGCCUUGGAAGAAGAUCCGGAUCCUCUAUCCGCCUACGACAACUUCGUCAAAUGGACACUCGAGAACUAUCCUAAGCAACACCUUGCUCAAUCCGGGCUGCUAGAACUCCUCGCGGAGGCGACACGACAAUUCAAGGACGAUGCGGCGUAUAAAGGGGAUCUGAGAUACCUCAAGCUCUGGUCGCUAUACGCCAAUCAUGUCGAAGAUCCGAGCGUUGUAUACGCCUAUCUUCUGGCGAACGGCAUAGGCAUGGUAUAUGCACAAACAUAUUGGGAAUAUGCUCUAGCACUCGAAUGUGCUGGGAGGCGAGCCGAAGCGGAGGCAGUGUACAAGCAAGGUGUCCAGAGACGGGCACGUCCGGUAGAUCCCUUGAAACGACGCUACGAAGAGUUCAAGAACAGAACCUCGCCUCCAACAAGCAUCGCAAGUACCAAUGCCGUGCUAUGGAAGGGGGCUUCGUCAUCAACACGAGCGCUUCGACGGAACCCUCUGAAGUACCACACAUCUGACUCUCCCUCUGCAUCUAGCUCUGCCGAUUCUCAACCCACGUCUUCAGCACCCUCCACAAGUCAAACGUCUUCUGCCGACCAAAAACGUGAACGCUAUGCCUUGAUGCUCGCCCCACCUGUUCCUGGCAAGCGCCCGGAGAAGCUGCGCUUCAAUCUUUCGCUGCUUUUCACGGAGGAUGGGACGGAGUACAGCAUGCAGGAGGCACGCGCCCGUUCAAUGGGGCUCCUAGGCAAGAAAUGGGGCCCACCGCCCGAGGCAGCUGCUGUGCGAGUGAACUUCAAGGACGGACCGAGCACGAAUAGUAGCCGGACGGGGAUGACGCGAACAAUGCGCAAGGGCUUCGAGCCGACAGUCACGCUGGCUACGAAGGAGGCACUCGCAGACGUCUUUGGGAUGUACAACUCGCCCGAGAAGUCGAUGCGUUUUGGUGCAGUCGCGGGAAGCAAGCAUGCACCUGUGCACAAAGUCGCAUCUGUCGCACCAAUGUCGCUCGAAGCACAGUUCCGCGCAGCCAGCAACGAGAACGCGCUGGUGGCUACGAAGACUCCAAAGAACAAUGAGAACGCGAUGAUACCUGUGAAGACUCCAAGGGCGAAUGAGAACGCGGGCGUGCCCGCGAAGACGCCAGUUCAUACCAUUCAUGGACGAGGACCGCCUAGCAAGCUGCCUACAUAUACUCCCAACCACGGACGCAAAGCACUUUCCGUCAAAGAUGUGUCCACCCCAGCACAACCUGCCAAAGAUGAGCUUUCGCAAAGUACGAAGACCCCAGGGGCGUUCAAAUCUGGACCCGUGUUUUCUGCCGUCUUUACCCCCGCCGCCGAAGUGCCAAAGGACCGCCCUGUGGCGCGUCGGGAUACGGGGCCAGAUCAGCAACCUCCAUCGAGGGCGACGAGUGCAUCCCCCCCGAGGAAAGUGUUCAGCCGACCUCCCACGCGGAACGAAAACAUCCCUGCACCUGAGCCGACUUCAGCAUUACAGUCGAGCACUAUCAUACCUUACGUCGAUGGCGCCGACGAGAUAGCAGCACCCACACCCGCUCGUCAGCCAUUGAGCGAACUCGUUGAGCCUGAGGAACUUGUGGAAGAAGAUACGCAGCAAACCAUUGACGACUCAUACGAGGAGGAUGACGAAGAACUCGAUGGCGUGCAGGACGAACUGGAUCAGCCUUCACCGGUAGAUGAGUAUGACAGUAUGCUUGACGACGGGGAGGAACUUGCCUCUCGCCCCACCCCACUUGGCGGAAGGUUCGGCAAGUUCGAUCGGACCAUCGAGUAUGCUGCGAGUAUGCGCUCGACGCCGAACGACACGAUCAAUGCCCGACCCACGCAUCAGGAUCCUGUCGAGGCUGCGGAGCUGCUUGCGGCGGAACUGCUUGAAGAGGAGGAAGCAGAGGGACGGCAAAGGGAGGCGGCGAAUGCCCUCUCCGAUAUCGAGGAGAGGACUGGUACACUGAGCCUGUCGGACGCCUUGACUGCUGCCUCCUCCUUCCAGCCCCCAAAUCCCUGCAAUCCGCAGCAGGAUUCCGAUCGGCUGGAAGCCAUACAGAACGGAAACACAACCGGUCGUAUGACCGAAGACUUGACCACUCUGGAGAUCAAUCUUCUGGACCGUCGUUUCGGCAUCGUAGAUAAACUCGGCGAAGGCGGGUUUGGUGCGGUUUUCGAAGCCGUCGAUCUGGACAAGCAGGAGGAGUUAGAUGAAGCUGACGAAGUCGAUCUCGACGCGGAGGAGCAAUCCCGCGUUGCGCUGAAAGUGGUGAAGCCGCGUAACUUAUGGGAGUUCCAUGUCUUGCGGCGCAUCCAUCGGACUCUGCCUUCUGCGCUGCGAAACUCGAUUAUCACUCCGCAGGCUCUGUACGCCUUCCGGGACGAGAGUUACCUCGUGCUCGAGCUACGCAAGCAGGGAACUCUCUUGGACGUUGUCAAUCGUGCAGCACAGAACGGCAUGACCCAGCAGGGUGGCUGUCUCGACGAGCUUCUCGUCAUAUUCUUUGCCAUCGAGCUCAUGCGCCUUCUGGAGGGCCUGCACCGGGCCGAUGGGCCCCGUGGGCCCUCCGGGUUGGCGAGCAUAUAUCAGCCUUCGGGCGAGGGUGAUUGGUGCUACAAAGGCAUCAAGAUGAUCGACUUCGGGCGCACUAUCGACACACGUCUCUUCCCUGCCGGACAGCAGUACCUCGCAGAAUGGCCGACAGACGCGAGGGACUGUCUGGAGAUCCGGGAGGGCCGACCGUGGACGUUCCAGACGGACUACUUCGGACUCGCCGGGAUCAUCUACUGCAUGCUGUAUGGCAAGUACAUCGAGGCAUCCUCCGUGAGCCUCGUGCCGGGAACGGAGGAUCGAUACAAGCUGGCAACACCGAUGAAGCGAUACUGGCAGGGCGACCUCUGGACGCGACUUUUCGACCUUCUGCUCAAUCCUUGCCUGGCGCGGGAUGACGGGCAACUGCCGGUUUGCGACGAGCUCGCAGGACUUAGGGUAGAGAUGGAGAACUGGCUGCAAGUCAAUUGCAACCGAGCCACGAACACUUUGAAGGGGUUGCUGAAGAAACUGAGCGUGGUGGCGCUCCGUGGGUAG